UUCAUGCAAAAUGGUUUCACAUCAAGUGUUAUCGUGACAACUACAGUCAAAGUUGUAGUUUAGAAGAUCAAAAUAGUUUUAAACCAGCAUUGCUCAAAGAAACUUUAAAAAUAAAAUGUAUUGUUUGCAAUGGUUAAUACCAGUUUUGUUAAUACCAAAACCAGUGAAUCCAGCAUUAAUUCAUACACAUGUCAUGUUCAUGGUUUUAUAUUUAAUUGGAUUCUUUUUAGAACGUAAACCGUGUACAAUUUGCAGUUUGGUCUUUUUAGCAGCCGUAUUUUUAAUAUGUUACAGUGGUGUUGGAAAUUGUUUAUUAUGGGGUAGUAAUUGUGAUACAAUUCGUUGUGACAAUGGAUGAUACUUGAAUGUGGACACAAUAAUCACUUUUUUAUUUUUAUUUUAAAAAAAUAUUUCAUUAAAUAAAGACUUAAGUGAUAUUUUAAAAGCAAUAAAAACAUAAAAACACAAGUUUUUCUUGAAGAACUAAUUUUAAAUAAAAUGUUUUUUACUACUUGUAUAUGUCGACACCAAAGAGAAGAAUUCAGUGUUGUGUCUUUUUGGCGGUUUAUUUGAAAAAAAAAAAAAAUGUAUUUGUUAUAUAAUAAUUAAUAAUAAUAUUGUUAAACAUAUUUUUCUGUGAUGUUUAAAACAAAAUGAGAAUUGAUAGUGAUUUUUUGAAGUACUUUGUGUAUAAAUUUAAAUAAAACUUGUCACCCAAUCACAUAAAAACACGAA